UUAUGAAGGACUUUUCCUUGAAUUCAGAAAUGAGCUAUAAAUUAAAAAUUUUCAGGGCAAUGCUGUGACCUUGGUAAUACAGUAUAAAAUCUUUUUAUAGGGAAGAUGAUUAGAUCAAUGGUUAGAUUAAGUUCAUGCAAUAGAUGAAUUGGUUAACUAUAAUAUAGAUUCUUUUAAAUAAAAAAUGAAUAAAGAAUUAGAAGAUAAUUAAAUGAAUGAAUAAGUGCCAAAAUUUACACAUUCCUUGAGCUGAGUAAACAAAAUAUAAAAGAGAAAUUAAUUUAUUGUUGGUGAAAUAAAUAACAAUGUUGUAAUUUAAUUAAAAAAUUAAAUUUAGA